AUGCUUCUAUCUCUUGUGUUCCUCGCUACCGCCGCAGCGGCCAUACCCUCUCCCCCGGCCUACGACUAUGGCUUCGAAGCGGCCAAAGUGGUCAAGCGCCAGACACAGGAUCCAAUCAUUGUUACCAAGCUGCCUUCCAUAAACGGAACUAUUCCUAACCGCCCCGAUAUCAGAGAGUUGAAGGAGAACCCCUUCAAGUGGAAUCUCUUCCUCCUUGCUUCAAGCAUGUUUCAGUUUACGAAUCAAAGCGAACAACUAUCGUGGUAUCAGAUCGCAGGUAUUCACGGCGUCCCUUUCGUCCCCUGGAACGGCGUGCCCGGCGUACCGGGAGGCGAAGAAAGGGGCUACUGCACCCACAUGUCCAUUCUCUUCCCAUCGUGGCAUCGCGUAUAUCUUGCUUUGUACGAGAUGAUUGCCUCGUGGUUCCCAGACCCCACGGAACGAGCUUACUACCAAGCCGCUGCGAUAGACUUCCGAAUCCCAUACUGGGACUGGGCUACUACACCGCCGCUCGGAGAAAGCGUCUACUUGUCUGAAUUCGAGCAGCCUGCAAUUCAAGUGUAUGGCCCUAACGGAUGGCAGACCAUUGCCAACCCAUUAUACAGCUACAAGUUCCGGCCGCUGGACCCGCAGGUGUUUUCCCAAGGCGAUACGCAGUACGACUCAGUAGAGGCCUUGCACGAUGCAAUGCACGUGUUGGUGGGCGACCGCGGCCAUCUGUAUUACAUUCAGUAUUCGGCAUUCGACCCGGUGUUCUUCUUGCACCAUGCUAUGGUGGAACGAAUAGUCGCCAUGUGGCAAGUUCUGUAUCCUACCGCCUGGGUCACUUCUCAAAUCGCAAUGGAGCCUUCCUUUACCAUGUCGUCAGGGACCGUUCAAAACUGGCUCACGGAACUCAAGCCAUUCUAUGCGGACGCCAAUGGCACCUUUUGGAACUCGGCGAUGGCCAGAGACACUACGGCCUUCGGAUAUGCGUACGCAGAAACGAACCCGAGUCUGGGAAUCCACAAGUCUGAGGAACAAGCUCGCCUCAUAGCAACUAUCAACAGACUAUACGGCUCAUCUAGCCCCUCAGGUCUGGCCCGGAAGCAACGGAGAGUAGCGUCCAAAAGAAAGGGGGGGCCGCUAUCCCAAGUUCGAAAGGGAACUACUUCAAAGCAUGUGCUAGACUUUUCACAAGACCCUGACCUUGAGACCAAAGUAGCGACUGAGGACGACAUGUACACCGAAUGGGUCGCCAAUAUUCAUGUUCAGAAUGGAGCAUUGCAUGGCUCGUUUGCAAUCCAUUUCUUCCUAGGUGAAGUUCCCGAAGAAGCCCCUUCUUGGGCAUCUGCACCGAAUCUCGUCGGAUCAAUGAGCGUAUUUGCGAUGAAGAACAUGGGUUCAGGCAACCACGUGUCCGGAACAGUUCCUCUGACAUCGGCCUUGAUGCAUAUGGUUUGGGCGAGAACUAUCUCAGGGCUUGAACCUGAUGAGAUCGUACCAUUUCUCGAAGAACGUCUCCAAGUUCGGAUUGUCGCGGAAGGAUCGAUUGAAGUUGAAGCGACAAAGAUAGAUAGCCUACACAUCCAGAUCGCAAGCGCUCGUGUUCAAGCAUCUAGACACGAGUGGGAGCUUCCAAAAUGGGGGCCGAUGGUGGAGAGAACUGCCAACCUCAGUCGCGAGGUCUCGCAUCCAGUCGUCUUUGCAUUUGACGAAAGACACGCUCAACAUACGAACGCCGCCGCCAAAAUGAAACUCGUCAGAUUUUUGAUGAAAUGCGCCAAUGAGACGGUGACAAUCGAACUCAAGAAUGGCACCAUCGUUCACGGCACCAUCACCUCGGUCUCGCCGCAGAUGAACACGGCGCUGCGCACAGUCAAGAUGACACCGCGGGGCCAGGACGCCGUCUCGCUCGAUACCAUGAACAUCCGCGGCUCGACGAUCCGAUACUUUAUCCUGCCCGACUCGCUGCCUCUCGACACACUGCUCAUCGACGACCAACCGAAGCCCAAGAACAAGGCGCGCAAGGAGGCGGAGCGCGGCGGUCCCGUCCGCGGAGGAAGAGGCGGCCCCAGAGGAAGAGGCCGUGGUCGGGGACGCGGUCGCGGACGUGGUUGA